GCCGCCGCCCGCAUGGCCCCGGCCCGCCGUCCCGCCGGAGCGCGGCUGCUGCUGGCCUGCGCGGCUCUGCUGGCCGCCGCCGCGGGCCUCGGCUCCCCGGAGCCCCACUCGCCCGCCCGGAGCCGCGCGCGCCGGGAGCCGCCCGCCCGCCCCGACGCCGACGCCGAGAGCCCGCGGGGGGACAUGAUGGGGGCUGCUGUGUUCCAGGAGGCCGCUCCGGAGCCAGCGCACGGUGUCGACCCCCGGGACGCCUGGAUGCUGUUUGUCAGGCAGAGCGACAAGGGCGCCAACGGCCCGCGGAGGAGCCGGGGCAAGGCCCGGAGGCUGGAGCUUGGCCUGCCAGGGCCCCCCGGCCCCCCAGGGCCACGAGGACCUCCCGGCUCCACCAUGGCACCCGACGUGCUGCUGAAGGAGUUCUGCCUGCUGCUGAAAGGCGCCGAGCUCUGCCCGCGGGGCACCCCCCAGCCCGCCUCCGGGAGCCCGGCCCCCGCCCGGGCCCACGCGGGGCGGGACGGCGCGGGUGCGGGGCCCCUGCUGGCCGCGCUCCUGGCCCCGGGCCCGCGGGCGCCCCGCGUGGAGGCCGCGUUCCACUGCCGCCUGCGCCAGGACGCGCCCGUGGAGCGGCGCACGCUGCGGGAGCUGGGCGCCUACCACCUGCCCGCCGAGGGCGCCUUCUGCCGGGGCCUGGGCCUGAACCUGACCAGCGGCCAGUACACGGCGCCAGCGGCCGGCUUGUACCUGCUCUCCGCCACACUGCACGUGGCCCUGGCGGCGGAGCCCAGGCGGGGCCCGCCGCGCCCCCGGGACCGGCUGCGCUUGCUCGUCUGCAUCCAGUCCCAGUGCCAGCGCCACCCCUCCCUGGAGACCAUGGUGGGCCUGGACGGCAGCAGCGAGCUCUUCACCGUGUCUGUCCACGGCGUCCUGUACCUGCAGACGGGGCAGUACGUGUCUGUCUUCCUGGACAACGCCAGCGGCUCCUCCCUCACGGCGCGCGGCGGCUCCUCGUUCAGCGCCGUCCUCCUGGGCGCGUGAGCAGCUGCCCAGCAGGCGGAUGGGGCGGGACCCA